CUCCAUUCUAGAAGCAUGUUAGCAGUCAAGGUUACUAGUGAGGCAGUGAACCAAUUCAUAAACGUAGCUACACUUCCAGGCGAAUAGUAAUGACGCGCAAAAACAGCAGAACAUACAUGAUGACCAAGUGCAGAAAAGGUUAAGCAGUGAAAAAGCCAAAAUAGCACAGAACGCAAAGAUUGAAGCUAAAGAAGCAGCCUCCAAUGUCACGGAAAAAGUUAAAUCUGCAGCAUCGGAUGCAUCCCAGUACGCUUCAGAAACGGCUUCAAGUGCCUCAAAGAAAGUAAAAGGCGCAGCAGCAUAUGGAAAAGUCGCAUGGUUCUGAAAACCGGAUCGGACUGGCCGGUCAAACCGGUUCAACUGGGAACCGGCGAUACAAGCGGUCCGGUCCUCCACGGAUAAACGCUCAAAGAAAAACCGCUGAAAAAGAGGGAACCACGCGUGAACCAAACCCCCCCCAUCCCUCUUCCCCCAAUCAUUCAUUCAUUUAAUCACUUGUCACUAUACUCCCUGUACCGGAGAUUGGAGAACUCUGAAGCGAAGGAACCCUAGCCCUCCAUCGUCGCCGCUGUUCCCAGGUCGUCAGCGCCGCCGCCGUCCCCAGGUCGUCAGCGCCGCCGCCGUCCCCAGGUCGUCAGCGCCGCCGUUCCCAGGUCGUCGAACCCUAACCCAGUAACUCGGCGGGUACUCUUCAUCUUCGCUGGCUUCUCGGCACGGAACCCAGUCACUUCACCGGUUCAUUGACCGGUUCGGUUCUUGCAACCUUGGGUAACAUUGCUAAUAAAUAAAUAAAAGAAGGAGGUUCUGAUUCCAGGGAGGAUCAAAAGGUCGUUGAAGUUCAUCUUCAGAGCUGAGCGAGUGUUGUAUCUGGUUGAAGUUUUCUUCAAGCUCAAAUAGUGCGUUCCCCCCUCUCCUAUCUCUUCGUUACCUCAAAAAGCUAAUAUGGCGGUUGCACCCUAUAUCACCGCUGCUGCACCUCCUAGUUGCGCCACAAAACUCUACUCAGGGUUGAAACUUCAAUCUCCAAGUAUCCCUAAUUCCCUUGCGUGUAAACCUAAUGUCUCCGCUGAGUUCUACGGAAAAGUUCACAAGAGUCUGCAUUGCGGGUAUACUAAUCACAAACCAGCAAGGGCACAAAUUCGAAUGAUGCCCAUAGGGACCCCUAGAGUCCCCUAUAGGACACCUGGUGAAGGAACUUGGCAAUGGGUUGAUUUGUGGAAUGCCCUUUAUCGAGAGCGUGUUCUCUUCAUUGGACAAAACAUAGAUGAAGAAUUUAGUAACCAAGUAUUGGCAACCAUGCUGUAUCUUGACAGUAUAGAUAACGCCAAGAGGAUGUAUAUGUACAUCAAUGGUCCUGGUGGAGAUCUUACACCAAGCUUGGCUAUCUAUGACACUAUGCAGAGCUUGCAAAGUCCUGUAACCACCCAUUGUGUUGGCUAUGCCUAUAAUCUUGCAGCAUUUCUUCUUGCAGCCGGAGAAAAGGGCAACCGCUUUGCAAUGCCUCUUUCCAGAGUUGCUUUGCAAUCUCCAGCGGGAGCUGCUCGGGGUCAGGCUGAUGACAUCCGCAAUGAAGCAAAUGAGCUUUUAAGAAUCAGAGAUUACCUCUUUAACGAGUUGGCUAAGAAAACAGGCCAGCCUGUUGAGAGGAUCACCCAAGACCUGGGCAGGAUGAAACGCUUCAACGCACAGGAGGCUCUUGAUUACGGGCUUAUUGAUCGAAUUGUGAGGCCACCACGCAUUAAGGCUGAUGCGCCUAACAAGGAGGCAGGAACAGGCCUUGGUUAAGAACUCACGGUUUGUCACCCAGCCAGAGUACUCAUAAUAUUACAGAACUAGGAUUGUUUCUCGUGUUUUAUUUAUCUCCUUAAUUAUUUUCAGAAAUAUGUAUAAUAUUUGAAUAGUUAGAAAUUGUUGGCAAAGAUAAUUGGUUCUUGUUCAGAAAUGGAUGAAUUCCACUUGUUGAAAGCAGUAAAUAAUGCAGUUGAAGCUUUAA